AUGAGAAGCCGGAGCACCCUUAUGGUAUCCAUACAGGAUUACAAAAAUGCCAGAUCAGUCUUUCAGAAAGAAGCAGUAGCUGAGAACUCAUCCAGCAUGAACCACAUUGAGACAAGAGAGGGGAAAAUCCUUUUGGUGAACUGGAGGCAUACAGAGGGAUGGAUGAAUAAUGUCCUAGUUGAGGUGAAAGGCAGAAACUACUGGAGGCAAGAAAGUAGUCCUCUGCCUCAACAACACCUUGUUUGCAGAACCACAAAGCAUUCCUUGCAGGAUAAGGCCAUCAGUUCAGACACUCACCUUGCAGAGGUGAUGGCUACAAGAAACACCACCUUGUGGUCCAUCAGGGUCAAGAUACCGAAUGCUUCGCUGAGGACUAUCAUGUUGGAAAACUGCAUUCGAAGAGAUGAAGCUCUGGCAGCGAUGAAGAGAAGAAAUAAAUUGAAGAAAAGAAAAACUCCAGCCCAAUGUUCAAGCUCAGUCUCUGAAUCACCCAGUACGCUGUGCAGCAAGGCCAAGCUUGCUCUGGCGUGGAUUUCCAAACUGGUGCUGGAAUUGGCGAAAUCCUUUCUCUCAAUUGUCUGGAAGGUGCUCACAAUGGAUGCCAGCCUUUCAGGCUGGAGAGUGGUCCUGGGACCCCUCACUUGCGAGGUCACUGAACCAGGAUUUAUUUGGACACAGCAAUGGCUUACAUCACCCAUGAGGAAGGUACCAGAAGUUGCACAGCUCAAUAAGAAGCAGACCUGGUUCUGGCUUGGGCAGAACUUAACAUUCCAGCUCUGUCUGCCUUACACAUCUCAGAUGUGGUACGUGCUGUUCACGUUUACCUCUCAGCUACAGCCUCUCUUCGUCAGUCUGACUCCUUGUUUGUCAUUCCUGAAGGCUUCUCGAAAAGUAGCGCUGUGCAGACUGCGGACACAUCAGUGGUGCUUCAUCCUCUUCAAUAUUGCACUCUUUCAUGCCUUGCUGUUUGGAACCGAAUUCAUGGAAGAAUAUUUCCUGCAGGCUGUUCCCUUCUCCUACAGCGAUGAAAAGUUUGUGGAGAUCAGAGAACGGGCACGGAUGCUGGACAUGCAUCUUUUGAAGGACAACAUCUCCCGGUCAUAUGCAGUCAGUGGAUCAGAAGUGUGCUCCCGACAAGAAGUCUACUUGCUCUUGGUCAUCUAUAGCAGCCCAGAAAAUAAAACCAGACGGGAGAGAAUCAGGAACACUUGGGGCAACACAACUUCUGUACAAGGCUAUGUAGUAACAAGAGUAUUCAUGUUUGGCAGGGCAGAUUCAGAAAUUGUCCAAUCAGACAUUUUUAAUGAAUCUCAAGUCCAUCAGGACAUUGUUCAGGGAGGCUUCCUUGAAACCUAUACGAAGGAGACAACCAAGACCAUUAUGAUGAUGGAAUGGAUUGUGACAUUUUGCCCCAAUGCUAGAUUCAUCCUAAAAGCAGACCAGGAAAUGUUUGUUAAUGUCCGAAGCCUAGCUGGAUAUCUUCUCAACCUGGAGUCUCGUAUGGAUGAUAUAUACAUUGGAAGGGUGAUCUAUCACAGUGUGCCUGACAGAGACCCUCAGAGCCCCAAUUUUGUCCCCAUUUCAGCCUACUCGCAGACCUACUACCCCGACUUCUGCAGUGGGUCUGCCAUGGCCAUCUCCCAAGACGUGCUUAGAAAGAUGUAUUUGAUUUCUGGGAAGGUCAACGCUUUGCUGCCAUCUGAGGUGUUUAUUGGUAUUUGUGCCCAGUGGGCUGGGGUGACACCCAUACAAAGCUCUAGAUUCUCAGGAAGCAAGCACAUACGAUACAACCGCUGCUGCUACCAGGUCAUCUUCUCAUCUUCAAAUCUAGAUGACAUGGAACUGUCCACAGUUUGGAAGGAUCUUAAGGACAGCAAUGAAUGCUCAAAGCUGGAAACCUAUUAUGGGCUGGUGUCUUGUAAAGUCUGGUCCUACCUGGACCAGUUUAAAUAUUUUAGUAGGAGUAAAACAGGUAAUGGGGGUGGUAUUUUUAGAUGACUUCCUACUACA